CACUGGGAGGUGGUUUGCACAUUAAUAAUAGAUGGUGUCAGUGAGUCAGGAGCAGAAUGAUUACCAGGCAUUGGCAAGGAGUCUGGGCUAGGACAGGAGCCAGAUGAAGCAAGGGGAUCGCAGAAAGAGGAGAGGGACAAAAGCAGAGACAAGCUGAAAACCUGAGGAGCAGCAGAAGUUCAAAAUCCCUACGGGUCCUGAUCACUGUAGUACAAAGAGAGUGACCACCCUGCAUCACCAUGACUCAGUUCGGAGCAACAAGGAACCCUGUAAACUGGGUUUCCCACAUCACAGCAGCUGUUGUUUCUCAGCCUGCAGCGAAAGACCCAGCUGUGGUUGAGAGGAGAAAUCUGCUGAACAUGGCUAAGCUCAGUAUAAAAGGCCUUAUUGAAUCGGCUCUGAGCUACGGCCGUACCCUGGAUUCAGAUUACCCUCCUCUUCAGCAAUUCUUUGUUGUGAUGGAACAUUGCCUGAAACAUGGACUUAAAGUGAGAAAAUCAUUCCUUAGCUUUAACAGAACAAUAUGGGGCCCUUUGGAGAUGGUGGAGAAACUGUAUCCUGGAGCUGAGGAAAUAGCAGCCAGUGUGAGAGAUUUACCUGGGCUCAGGACACCUCUUGGUCGAGCUCGAGCCUGGCUGAGGUUAUCGAUGAUGCAGAAGAAGUUGGCAGACUAUCUGCGUUGCUUAAUUAUGCGCAGGGAUCUUCUGAGUGAGUUUUAUGAAAAUCAUGCAGUAAUGAUGGAAGAGGAGGGCACUGUCAUCGUUGGGCUUUUGGUUGGGCUAAAUGUAAUUGAUGCCAACUUGUGUGUCAAAGGAGAAGACCUGGAUUCACAAGUUGGGGUGAUUGAUUUCUCCAUAUAUCUAAAAUCAGAAGAAGAUGAUCAUGACAGAGAAGGAAGAAACGUGCACAUUUCUGCAAUACUGGACCAGAAGAACUAUGUUGAGGAGCUUAAUAGGCAACUGAAUGGCACUGUGAGCAGUCUCCAUACAAGAAUUGAUACAAUGGAGAAGUCAAACACAAAGCUUAUUGAAGAGUUAGCUAUAGCUAAGAACAAUAUUAUCAAACUCCAAGAAGAAAAUCACCAGUUAAGGAGUGAAAAUGCCAUGCUUUUCCUGAGAGCUCAUCAUCAACUAGAGGCAGCAAAGGCUGGCAUUGAAGCUGAACAGAUGUACAGACAACAUUCAAGACAUGGUCUGAGUGAAAUCUUUACUGACAUCUGUACUCAUCACGAGGAACUGCAAAUGAGACAGGACUCAGAUGCUGAUAUUGUGAAAGUAAGGGUGCAGCAUGAAAUGGAACUUGCUGUGAAGUUGUUGGAGAAAGACAUUCACGAAAAGCAAGGCGCUCUCAUUAGUCUCAAGGAACAACUGGAGGACGUUAAGGCAAUAAACUUUGAUAUGUAUCAGAAAAUGCAGCGUUCAGUAGAGGAUGGCAAGGAAAGAGAUGGAAAUGAGAGACUGGAUGCGAUGUCCAAUCAAAUGUCAGCUGCCAUGAAACCUCUGGAACACAGUGAUAAAGAGGCUUUAAACCAGCCUAGAAACAUUGAUAUACCCUACAUGAAGGGUGCAGAAUCUGCCCCACAAUAUAAACUAAUUAAAGAUAUAUCAUUCUAGCAUUGUAUAAAUAACAUUUAUAUACUUAAUAAAAUAGACAUUUUAUUGAUCUUUAUAGUAAAUAACAGGUAGAACAAUGUUUGUUAUACUUAUAAGUUUGUAAUACAUUAUUUUAAAAUAAAAAGUACCUGUUACAUAUGAAUGUUAGAAAUCUGUACAUGUU